AUGCUCCUGUUCUGGAGCGUGUUUGUGCGCAGUUUUGUAGCGCUCGCCUUCGUGGCGAGCCUAGCGCCGUCCGUGCUUGCUGCCCCUUGGUGGCCCAUGCAUUACGUGCUGGAUGAGCUGUCGCCCGACAUGCCACCUCCGCAAUCUGCUGCCGCCGGCAUCGUCCCUGCUGCUAGUAUGUCCUCGUCCGCCGCCACUCCUAGCGAGACGAACGUAGUUGGUGCAACGAAGAGCUCUGGAAAUCUCGAUGAUACAACACAGCAGUCUGGCGGCGCCAGCGUCGUCGAUCGCAGUGCCAGUACAGUGAGCAUCCUGGUCGGAAGCACAGUCAUCGCUCUGUACCUCGUGAUUUAA